UAUUUUUAAUAACUAUGUACUGUAUUAGCUUAAUUAUGUACUGUACGUAUAAUUAAGUAUAAUAUUCAUGCAAGUUGACCUAUUUGUAUUAAACAAUAUGAUAACGUACCAAACAUUAGUAAACUUAUUUGACAUUUUCACAUUUAUCAAAGGCAGCAAACAAGUUAGAAACUUAUUUUUCCUCAAGUCAUGGAAAAGAAACCUCAAGUCUUAGCCACAUGGAAACUCUUCUUAGUUGGUUGUUUUUGCGGUGGUCUUAUUUCACUCUUAUUCAUCGACAAAACCCAACAAAAUGCAAGUUUAUUAGCUACUAACCAUGCUUUGCUUAAAUUUAACCCCUUUUCUAAAAUAUUAGAUAAACCAACAACCAACAUAACAACCACCGUGCCAUCAGAGUUAACCACUCCUUCCGUCGAUGUUGAUGUUCCGCAACUAAUUAUUAGCACCAUUAUCGAGCCUAAUGCCACCACCACCACCUAUCCCCCGGAAGUUCUAUCCCCGAUUAUUAGUACCAUUAUCGAGCCUAAUGUCACCACCCAUCCCCUAGAAGUUCCGCCUCUGGUUAUUAGUCCUAUAUCGGAGCCAAAUACUACCCCCCGUAUUCCAAAAGUAAAAUCAUUUCCAGUUAUUAGUCCUAUACUCCAGCCUCAAGUAGCCAUCCAUAGCCCAGAAGUUCCGCCUCUGGUUUUUAGUCCUAUAUCCGAGCCAGAUAUUACCACUCGUACUCCAGAAGUGACAACCCCAAUUAUUAGUCCUAUACUCCACCCUGAAGUAGUCAUCCAUAGCCCUGAAGUAUCUCCCUCGAUUAUUAGUCCGAUAUUUGUAUCUAAUUUAACUGGUAGUGGCAUGGAGAAAUCUAUUGAAGAAAAGAAAAAAGAUUGUGACAUAUUCGACGGGAGAUGGGUUUAUGAUGCUGAUUAUAAGCCGAGCUAUAGUACAAUGACUUGUCCAUUCGUAGAGGUAGGGGUAAGAUGCCAAGAGAAUGGAAGGGCGGAUUUCGAGUACGAAAAAUGGAGAUGGGAAGCUAGAGAUUGUGAAAUACCAUUGUUCAAUGGAAGAGAUAUGUUAGAAAGACUAAGAAACAAGAGAAUGAUAAUAGUUGGAGAUUCAAUCAACAGAAAUAUGUGGGAAUCCCUUGCUUGCCUUAUCUACUCUUCUGUUCCGUCAACUCGAACAGAAGCCAGUACUAAUAAAGAAUCUGCACAUAAGUUCUUGAAAGCAAAGGACUAUAACUUUACAGUUGAGUUCUUCAUGAGCCCAUUUCUAACCGAACUUGCUCACAAGCAUAAAAGUGGGCGCAAAGUUCUCAUUCUUGACAACAUAUCACACUUUGCAACGAUGUGGCGAGGUGCCGAUAUUAUGGUAUUCAACUCAGGCCACUGGUGGACUCAUAACGAUAACAUAAAAGCAUGGGAAUUGUUCCAAUACAAAGGAGAACUAACAGAAGUGAUGCCAAGAGAAAUUGCCUUCAAACGAGCCAUGAGAACAUGGGCGUCAUGGAUUAAGAAAAACGUUGAUCCGGAAAAAACUAGCGUGUUUUUCCGAAGUGUUUCGCCUACACACGACGCUCGAAAAUACAACCAAUGGUGCUAUAAUGUGACACAACCUAUCAAGGAUGAGUCCUACAUAAUGGGGUUUCCGAAACCUUUGAUCGAUGUUGUAGAGAGUAUGAUACCGCGAAUGAGUAAAACACGAGUUAAAUACUUGAACAUUACAAAGCUUUCGGAAUAUAGAAUUGAUGCACAUCCGUCUAUUUAUACCAAAAAGGUUAAGGGUAAUCUUCCGGGUAGUUCUGAUUGUAGUCAUUGGUGUCUUCCCGGGUUGCCCGAUACUUGGAAUAGAUUAUUGUAUGCUUCCAUUUUAUUUGACACUAAUUUGUAACAUAUGGCAAGAUCUUAGCAAUUCUCUAGUGCAAUUUUUAUGUAACAAAAUUGGCACAAUUCGUCGAAGAUGUAGCUGCCACAUCAAUUAAUCAAAUUAAUUCUUUUUUACU